AUGGGCGUGCAAGGGCUGCUUCCGUUCGUCUCGAGCGCGUCAACGGAGGUCAGCCUCGAGGACUACCGCGGGCAGACUCUCGCGUGCGACGCCUCUGUGUGGCUCCACCGCGGCGCGAUUUCGUGUGCUCGCGAGCUGGCGGAGGGAGAGCCCGCAGUCGGUUUCCUGCGCUUCCCUUUGCGCAUGAUCGCCUUGCUGAAGAGGCACGGCGUCCGGCCGCUCAUCGCCUUUUUGGGCCCAAAUCAGUAG